UUUUAUCGAUAAUGAUGAUGUUUUGAUGGUCUAACAUACAUACAAACAAACACAUGCACACAUGCACACAUGCAAUCGAUUUAAUUGUGUUCCAGUGAAUGAAUAUUUGAUGUGUUCCAUGUGUCAUUCAUAAUGAUGAUCAAUCUGAAUAAAUUGAAGAGCAAAAAAUCUGUGAUUUCAUCAAAUUAAAUUUUAAAUUUAUUUACAACAAAAAAAAAUUUAUAAAUUCUAUUGCUUCAUCGAAAGAAAUUUAGAGAAAUAGAAAAAAAAAUAUUGAAGCCUCGAACAUACACACACACACACACAACCAAAUCAAACAUUCACUUCAUUUCAAUUUGUUUCGUGGAAUUUUCAUUUGUUUUGUUCAUCAAUCACCGUUCGAUAUAGAAAGGAAUUUCCAGAAUAAAUAAAAACAGGAUAUUUGCUCAUAAUUCCGUUUUUUCCCCUCUUCUCAAUUCGAUUUCAAUUCAUUCAUUCAGAAAUUGUGAAUUCAACAACAACAACAACAACAACAAAAAAUUUCGUUAUUGACCAAUCACCCACCAAGCAUAUUAUAAAUUUUUUUUUCAUUUAUUUGAUAUUAAAAUUGAUUUGAAUGUCAUUUUUUUCCUGUGCGUUUGUAGAUAUCUCAUUGUCCAAUGAAAUGUCUACACAAUAAGUGAUUGUUUGGACAUCCUUUUUUUUGUGGUUGAUGACAGUUAUUUUAUUUUUUUUAUUUUAUUUCAUUCUUUCUGUAUUAUCCCAAAAAUUUGACGUUAUUCAUAUAUUCAAUCGAUCACAUCUACAAGUUGCAGCCCUUUUUUUGCAGUGAAAUUUUUUUUUCAUCCGAAUUGGAAAAAAACCGCCAAUAAAACGGCAAUAAAACGACAAAUUUUUCCAUUAUUAUUAUUAUUGAACAACAACAACAACAACAACAACAAACAAAAUUGUUCAACGAAUCUUAUUCAAUUCUAAUCAAAUAUUCUAAUACAAAACCAGAUCUACAAAACAACAAAAAAAAAUGAGAAAAACAAUGCGAUUAAAUGGGCAAACAAAUGCCCGAAUUAAAUCAUCACGUUCAAUGAUUGAUAAUGAAAAUUCAACAGGAAUUUUAUCCAUUUUCCGUUAUUAUUCAAAAUUUAUGUUAGGUUUUUCAUUAUUCUCAUUAUCGAUGAGUAUUGUUCUAUUAUUCAUUGGUACAUAUGCUUAUUAUGAAGCACAUAUGAUUGGUACAACAACAACAACAACAACAACAACAACAUCAACAACAACGUCCAAUAUUGAUACAAACAAUGAAUCAAAUAUAAAUCUACAAUUUUAUCGUUCCAUUAUGAAUUUUUAUGGUAUAAAUGAAAUCAAUCUAUCGAUGUUAUAUCGAUUGGAAUCCACUAUAGCGAUUGAUGAUCAUCAAGGCAAAUUACAUAGCUAUCAAAUUAGCAUGCUAUUCGUUGCUGUUAUAUCGAUUUUAAUCGAAGUUGGAUUAAUCUGUAGCAUCAUAUUUGAACAUUUUAAAUUGAGCCUAUUCUAUAAUAUUAUUAUGAUUGUUGGACUUUUUCAUCAUUUAUCGACAUCAUCAUCAUCAUCAUCAUCAUCAUCGUCAACAUCGACAACAUCAUCGAUUAUGGUACAGAAUGAUAAUACGGAUGGCAUUACAUCAUCAAUAUCAUUAAUAUAUCAGAUAUUAUUCCUCAUACUAUUUCUCAUAUAUUCAUUUAGUAUAAAGGCAAAAAAUAAGUUUGCAAGACGUUUGUUGAUCAAGAAUGAAAUUGAACUUAAUGCCGAUCAACGAUUCAUACAAAAAGCAUAAUAAUAAUAAUAAAAUAAUAAUAAUAAAUAUAAUUGUGAUUCUGAAACAAAAACAAACAAACAAAAAAAAAAAAAAAACUCAAACCACGUGUGUGUGUGUAUGCAUAUUUCAAUAAUAUUCAUAAAUAUCGAUAAAUGGAUUCGUUUGAUCGGCAACGAAUAUCAUCAUCAUUCAUUCAUUCAUUAUUUAGUAAAAUAAAUCCUCUUUCGUUUGGUGUGGGCAACCAUGGAAAUCGUCAUUUGAACAAUUGACAAUUACACAAAUAUUUUGCACGAUUCUUUCUCAUUCACACACCCAUACACAAAACAAUUACACUAAGUCAUUGAUAUAUAAAUGUUAUAAUAAUAAUAAAUAUUAAGUGAUGAUUAUAUAUAAAA